AUGCGCAGCCCACACGCGUUGCUCGCUGCAGCGCUGUGGUUUGCAACCGCGUCCACUGAACCGCCGUCGUCGCACGCGGUGCUGCGCAGCCUGGCGCUGGCCGAGUUCCGGCGGACGCAUCCCGGCGAGCGCCCGGCCAAGAUCGAAGCGAAAGCGCACGCGCCGUCGGACGCGGCCACCGACGUCCUCGCCGACCUCGGCCGCGAGGCCGUCGCGUCGGCGCUCGUCGCCGCGCGCGGCGCCGUGCGGCGCGUCACGUGCGCCUGCCACGCGCGGGGACCCGACGGCCGGCCUCUCGACGUCUCCGGCGCGUUCGACGUCGACGAGGCCAACGCGACGACGCCCGUCGUCUUCUCCGCGUCCUACCUGCUCCCGACGCGCAGCGAGGUCGCCCUCUUCGCGAACGACGGCGGCGGCGUCCUCGCGCGGACGCGGCGCGACGGCGUCGCGGAGACGUUCGCCGUCGGCCCGGACGGCGCGGCGCCGCCGCCCGCGGACGCGGACGCCGCCGUCGCCGAGGGCGUCGUUGAUGUGACCGUCGUCACACGCGUCCUCGACGCCUGCGCCGCGGCGAUGGUCGAGGCGAGCGCGACGCUCGACGGCGACGCGGACGCGCUGGACUACGAAACCGACGGCGCCCAAAUCUGGCGCGGCGCGCUCGACGGCGACGCGCUGUCGGCCCUGCGCUUCGCCCGCGAGUCGACGUCGCGCGACGCCGUGGUCUGUUCGCUGUGGCCGAGCGUCUGGCCCGCGCCGCGGCCCUGCGCCUACGGCAUGGGCGAGCUCGACGAGGCUCUCGCGGACGCGGGCCUGUCCGCGCUCGCGGCGACGCUGCUUCCGCACCGCGGCGCGGGCGACGCCGUGUCGCUCGUCGCCGUCUACGUCGACGCGCCCGGCAACGCGACGCAGCCCUGGGGCUACGACUUCGCGGCGGAUCUGGCCGUCGAGUACGUCGUCGCGCCGCUCGCCGACGGCGCCGCGUGGGACCUCCGGCCCGGGUCCCACGCCCGAGCGCACGGCGCCGCGCCGCGCUUCCCACGGACCGACGCGUCGGCGACGGCGGGGGCGCCGCCGCCGGGCGCGACCGUCGCCGCGGACGCGCGCGUCGGCGACGUCCUCGCGCUCAAGCCGGCGCUCUGGCACCGGCGCCGCGGCAACGGCCGGUCCACGUCCCAGCCCGCCGUUGUCGCCGUCUUCGCGCCGAGCCACCACCUCCGGGACGGCGCCGACGGGCCGAAGCCCGCGACGGAGUCGCUCCACGAGGCCAAGUUGCGGGCGCUCCUCGCGGCGCCGUCCGACGACGCGUAUUCGCGACGGCUCGCCCGCGAGGCGGCGCCCGUCGCCGUCUUCCGCGGCGUCGACGAGUCGCCCUUCCGGCGCGUCGACGCCCAGUGCGACCUCGGCGCCGCGCUCGAGGGCGCGCUGCCCGCGGCCGCGGCCGCGGACGACUCCGCGAUCGGCGGGCCCUUCGUCUGCCCGAACGCGACGACGACGGUGGACGCGCUGCUCGCGGCGACGCGCCUCGCGGCGUUUCGCGGCGCGUCCGCGGCCCUCGGCGCCGCCACGAGCGGCGAGCGCGUCGUCGAGCUCGGCGGCGGCAGCGGCCAGCUCGCGUUCUCGACCGCGCGCGAGACGCGCGACUACUUUUUCGUCGACGCGCCCGUGGCCGCGGCGCUCAAGUGCGCGGCGCUCGAGGCGGCCUGGCGCCGCGACGCCCCGGCGACGCGCGUGCCCUUUGAGUGCGCGAGCGUCGAGGCCUUUGCGCGGCGGCCGGACCCGUUCUGGGGCCACGACGCGCGCGAGCGGCGGCGCUUCGUCGCGACGGGCGGCGGCGGCGCGACGGCGGACCAGCGGCGCGCCGUCGCGGCGCGCGUCGCCCACUUCGACGCCUUCUGGCUCCUCGGCGACGGCUUCGGCGACGGUUUCCGGGCCGCCGCGGAGGCGCGCGACUGCGCCGCGCCGCCGCCGGCCGGCGCGCCGCCGGCCGACGUCGCCGCGGCCGUCGUCUGCCCGUCGGGCCGCUACGGCUCCACGGCCAUGGCCUGGCAGGCCGGCCGCGUCGCCAACGCCUUCGGCGAGCGCUACGUCGUCGGCGAGCGGCGGCCGCAUCGCGCCGUCGCCGCGGCGCUCGUGCCCUGCCUCGCGAACGCGCGCGGCGACGCCGUCGAGAUCCUGGCCGACGACCCCCUCUGGCGCGACUUCACGGCCGAGGCCGCGCUCCAGCGCUUCGUCGCGUCGCCGCCCUUUCGAGCCGCGUCGUCGGGCGAGACCGCGGCGACCGUGGCGGCGCGCCACGUCGCCGCGUGCCAGCGCUGGGACGCGUUGUGCGUGUCGCAGAACGUGUCGACGCACGCGCCCUGCCGCGGCGUCCUCAGCGGCCUGGGCGCGCCGGGCGAGGUCGCCUGCGUCCUCCACGCGGUCGCGCGCGGCCGGAGCGGCGCGUUCUCGAGGAGUACGGCGCUCGCGUCCUGCGCGGGCGACCUCCUCGCCGCGCCCAAGCCCCACGCCCGCCCGCGGCCGCCGCAACCAAACGAGGCCCUCGUCAAGCGCCUCUACGAGCUCGACGCGGUCCUGGGCAACCCGCGGCGGCUCUGCCACCUCGGGGCGCGCGUCCUGUCGCCCGCGUCCUACUGGCUCGCGGCGACGCGGCCCCACCUGGAGAUCGUCAUCCUCGCCGUGCCCGGCGAGUCGUCGACGCGCGAGGAGCUGCUCGUGCUCGAGCGCCUCGCGCACCUGCUCCCGCACCGCUUCCUCAAGGCGGUGACGCUCAACGCGGAGGCCGCGCUCGCGGCGCCGAGCCUCGACGCGCUCCGCGGCACCUGCGACGUCUUCUACGCCGACCUCUGGAAGCUGCGGUCGCUCAAUGAAACGGACUACGCCGCCAUGGCGACGUUCCUGCGGCACCGCCAGCGCUCGCGGCUCGUCGUGCCCGGCGUCUUCGACGGGCCGGUCCCCUGGCCGCACCAGUCGCCGGGCGGCCGCUUCUACCUCUCCGACUCCCGGUCCAAGCCGCCCGAACAGCCGACGAUCCGCCACUUCAAAUGCGUCGACUUCGCCGCGAGCGACGCGGCCGGCGACCCCGUCAUGGCGCUCGGCGCGUGCGAGCGAUCCGUCGGCCCGAACUGGGUCGGCUUCGGCGGCUUUCGACGACUAGACGUGCCGGACGUCGCAGCGCCGCCGCGGCGCGACACGCGGCGGAACAUCUCGACACCCCCCGCGGCGGACGCGGACGCGGUCUUCGCCGCCGCGGGCAACGACGCCGGCUACUGCGACUACGCGCUCGUCGCGUGCGCGGCGCCCGGCGACGGCCGCCGCGCGCGCGAGGCGCUCGCCGUCAUCGCCUCCGCCGUGCUCGCGGCGCCGCCGGGGCCGCCCCAAAUCUGCAAGCUCCGCUUCCACGUGCUCUGCAACCAGGCCGCCGCGGAGCACUUCGCCGCGGGCGUGCCGGCCGUCGUCGACCUCGCCCAAAAACGGUUCGGCAGCUACAACCAUCUCGUCGUCACGCUCAGCGUCACGCUCGACUUCUACGAGUGGACGCGCAAAUUCCCCGCGCCCGAGAGGUUCGUCGCCCUCUUCAAGCCCUGCGCCGUCGUGAAGCUCUUUCUGCCGUCGCUCCUCGCGAAGAACGACACGGCCGGCUUGGGCGCCGCGGUCUACGUCGACACGGACGUGCUCUUCCUCGACGACCCGCAGCGCGUCUGGGUCGACGCCGUCGGCGCGCUCGCCGCGUCCGGCGCCGUCGCGGCCGCCGCCGCGGAGCACGGCGACCUCGAGGCGGGCUGCUCGUCGACGGACCACUUCUACGACCACGAGGAACGCGAGACGCCGCGGGCCUUCGCCGACGACGGCGCGAACACGGGCGUCGUCGCGCUGAAUUUCACGCGCGCGCGGGCCGUCGGCUACGAGGCGCGCCUCGUCGAGGCGCUCCUGGACCUCGACCGGUCGGGCGGCGAGCGCGCGCUCUCCCUCGGCGACCAGUCCGUCUUCAACGUCGCCGCGGGCAACGCGUCGCUGGACGUCGCGCGGCUGCCCUGCGAAUUCAAUUAUCGCACGGACCACUGCGCCCACGACGCCUUCGACUGCGGCCGGUGCGGCUCCGUGCCGCGGCUCCUCCACGCGCCGCGGUCCGCGGCGCACGCGGACUCGGCGCACCACGUGCCCGCCUUCGGCGUGUUCUACGGCUUCCUCCAGGACGUCCUGCGGGGGGACGGCGCCGCCCACGCGACGGCCGCGCGCGGCCUCCGCGCGAAUGACGAUGAUGAUGAUGGGCUGCCCCGACGCGGCCUAGCCGUCGCGAUGGACGCCCUGCCGGAGAUGGCGUCGCCGCUGGGCCAGAUGAUAGUCCUCGGCCUCGUCUUUUUCCUCAUCUUCGCGUCCUACUACAUGGAGCAGGGCUUCGCGUCGGACCUCUUCGGCGCGACGCUGGCCUCGGACACGCUCGUGGCGCUCUACGCGGCCUUCACCGUGGGCUGCUUCUUCGCGCCCUGCGUCGUCAACUUCUACGGCGCCAAGCCGUCGCUCGUCGCCGGCGCCGCGGGCUACGCGUCCCUGUCGGUCGCGGCGUUCGCGUACGCGGCGUCGGGCGACGCGGCCUGGGCGUCGGGCGUCGUCGUCGCCGCCGGCGCGCUCAACGGCGUCGCGGCGGCGCUCCUCUGGACGGCCCAGGGCCAGAUCUACCUCGCCAUCGCCGCCGCGGACGACCGCGCGGACGCCGGCCGCCUCUUCUCCGUCUUCUGGUGCCUCUUCAACGCGUCCGCGGUCGCCGGCGGCCUCGUGACCUUCGCCUACUUCUCCACGAGCUCGAGCGGCGGCGACGCGCCGCUCUACGCGCUCUUCACGCUCUUCAUCGUCCUCGGCGCGUCCGCGGCGACGCUCCUCGCGCCGCCGCCGAAGGGCGAGGAGCCGCUGCUGGGCGACAAGGACGACGCGGCGGCGGACCAUGUCCCGAAGCCCGCCUUCUGCGCCGCGGCGCUCGUGGAGGCGCGGGCGACGCUCGCGCUCUUCACGACGCGCCGCGCGCUCACGCUCGCGCCGCUCUUCUGGUACACGGGCUUCGCCGCGCCCUACCAAUUGGACGGCUUCGUGGACCGCUUCUUCCGGGAGCGCGUCGCGGGCCUCGAGCUGGCUUGUUUCUAUUCCAUGGAGAUGGUCGGCGCCGUGCUCGCGGGGCGGCUCCUCGACGACGUUUCGCGGUCGCCGCGCGCGAACGCGAAACGGGUGUUGGCGAUCUUCGCCGCGGCCGCGGCCGGGGCCUACGGCGUCGCCGCCUGGCUCGAGGCCCUCGCGGCGGAGCGGGCCGACGACGACCCCGUCGCCGUGGGCUUCGACGCGUCCGCGGCGUGCUGGCUCGCGACGACGGCCGUCGCGGCGCUCUGGGGCUUCGCGGACGCGACGAUCCAGACCUACUGCUACUGGGCGCUCGGCGCGCUCUACGGCGCCGAGGCGGACCUCGCGCGGAGCGUCGCCUUCUACAAGUUCGUCCAGUCCGCGGGCUACUGCGGCGGCUUCGCGCUGUUGCCGUCGUCGCGCUGCGCCUACGAGGCCCAGCUCGGCCUCGGCGCCGGCGCGGGCGCCCUCGGCGUAUGCCUCGCGCUCCUCGAGCUCCCCGGCGACGGGUCGCUGUCGAGCUUCGGCGAGGACGACCAGGACGACGACGAGGCGCAGAACGCCUGCUUCUGCUUCGGGGGCCCCAUCCUCAAUUCGAGCUGGUGCACGGCGUCGCCCCUCGUGGCCGUGGACUCGCCGCCGCCGUCGCCGGCGAAGGCGGCGCCGCCGGGCCGGUCCCGGGGCGCCCUGCGCAUCCUCGUCGUCGGCUCGUCGUCCGAGAAGCAGCGCGUCAUCGACGCGCUCCGCGCGGGCGGGUCGCACGCGUCGCGCGCGAGUCGCGCGACGUCCGUCGGGAGCCGCUUCGCGCCCGUGAAGCGCGCGUCCCUCGGCGGCAACAAGUCCAUGCUCAUCUUCAACGACGUGCCGUCGCGGGACCUCGACCGGCCCCGCUGCAACUCGGACUUCGAGGCCUACCUGCAGCGCGCGAGCUGCGCGCUCAUCGUCGUCGACGCGGGCGACGAGCGGUGGCCCCGGGACGCGAAGCGCUGGGUCGAGCGGCUCGCGGACAGCGCGCGCGUGCCCGUGGCCCUGCUCGUGGACCUCGUCAACUUCCCGCCCGCCGCCGGCGCGACGAGCGUGCCGGACGCGCGGCGGACCGUCGAGGCGCAGGCCGCGGCCCUCGGCGCCGCGAGCGAGCUGCCCUUCGUCGGGUGGUACGUGGCCUCCGACGACAUCACCGUCGACGAGACGGCGGACUGCGUCACGGCCGUCGUGGACCACCUCGACGGGCCCGCGGACAACCUCGGGCGGGGCUCGCCGGCCAAGGUCGCGGGCGACUUCCUCUCGCCCGCGCGCCUGAGCCAGAAGGGCCCGCGGCCCUCGCCGGGCACCUUCGCCGAGUCCGUCCGCGCGUCCAUCUCGCCGAGCUCGCCCUUCUAA